UCCCGGCUGGUUGUACAGCUGGUGUCUGUUUGCUGAUAACAAGUGUAAUGAUAACGGAGCGAGGCAGGCAGUUAGCGCCAUGCAUCUCUCAAUAAAGCUGUGCUGCCUGCUGUUGUACGCGUUUGUUACCACAGCAUCUACACAAGAGCGGGAUCGGCUGUGGCACACUACGACCCCUGGACCUUCGACUCUCUCCCCUGAGGAACCUUCACCCUCCAUCACCGGUGUGCCUGCCGUGGAGGAUGUGCCGGUGGCUGCGGAGCCGGCAGGAGACGCCGAACAAGUCGUUCCUCCGGAGGUCGUGGCUUCUGCAGAGUCUGCAGCCGAAGAUUCCCUCGACGCCCGGGGUGUCCAAGCUGACCAGGAUGUACUGACAGAGAAGACACCCGAGAAGAAGGAAGAGCCUGUGUCUGCUGUGGAAGGAAAGAAAGAUAAGAAGAAAGACAGAAAAUGGAUUUCAGCUUCGAAAGAAGUUGAAGAAAUACCAGUCGAAAAGAUUUUGGAAGAUCAAAAGGAAGAACAGAUUCUGAAAGAGCAAAUGGAAGAAAAGAUUUUGAAAGAACAAAAUCAAGAAAAGAAAGAAAGAAAAUGGAUGUCUGCAUCGAAAGAAGAAAAGGUCGAUGAAGUUCCUGCACCAGAAGAAAAGAAGGAACCUGAACCAGAGACUAUAGCUGAGAUUAUUAAAGAGAUUGAAAACGUUUCUGCAGAGGUACAUUCUGGAGAAUCCACGCCUAAGAACAAAAAGAAGAAACCAAGAAAGUGGAUUUCUGUUCCUGGAGUAGCUUUAGAAGAAUCCGAUGCUCCCGCGGUUCCACCUACAGAAGAAGAUAUUGCUGUGGCUAAAGAAAGUUUGGCUCUCGCACAAGAAGCAAUUCCAGAAAAGCCAUUGCUUUCAUCUGAAUCACCAGAGAAGGAAGUUGACUUGUAUUCAAUCAACGCUUUAGACAUGGCACUGCCAGAGAACAUCACUGAGCUUCUAUUGGCUGCUGAGGAAGGCAUACCCCUGGUCCAGGAGACAAUCAUCAGCAAGAAGACGACUGUGUAUGUGACCAUCUCUGACUCCAUUGAUGCAGAACCAUUGUUUGUCAACUUGACCGGUAUUCGCCACUACACAGGUCAAGAGAGGAGGAUGAUGACUGGAUGCCUUGACCUUUCUGACCUCAUGCUGACCGGUGAUGAAGCCAAGGAGGUGAUCCAGCGCAUGUCCAAACAUAGGUUCCACAAGCUCGACCUUAGCAACAACAACAUCACGGAGUUCCCCGCCAACACAUUUAGUCCUGUCGCCUUCUCAGUGAGAGAGCUCAGGCUGGACGGCAAUCCUUUGUCGAGCAACGACCAGGGGGAGGCAUCCGUGCUGCAGAGGGGAGGUCUCUUCCACCUGACGGAGCUGAGGGAGCUCAACCUAUCAGGCUGUGGACUCCAGGACAUGGACUACUUCACCCCCUGGAACUCCAACCACUUGGAGGUCGUUGACCUCUCCAACAACAAUCUGACCUCUGUCCCUUCCAAUCUGCAGUUCUUCCACAAGCUCAAGAAACUCUUCAUGGACGGUAACCCCAUCACUAGAGUGGCUGAACUUCCAUUCGCAUUGUUGUGGAACAUGCAGAUACUGAGUCUAUCUGACUGUCAAAUUGCCACCAUCGAGGAUGAUCCUUUCAGGAAUAUGGACAAGCUUAAGGAGCUGAGUCUGGAAGGCAACCAGCUGACUCAGAUCAGCCACGUCAGAUUACCCAGGAGCAACUCUGGAGUCAAGAUGUUCCUCAGUGGAAACCCUUGGCAUUGCGCCUGUGAGAUGCUCAACUUCAUCGAGCAUUACAACUAUGCCAUCAGGGACAUUGAGUACAUCAGGUGUGCCUCCCCGAGGUGGCUGGAGGGACUACGCACGGCCUACCUCACCAAGGAGAUCCUCUCCUUAGACUCUGUCGACGGUGACUGCACACCUCAGACUCCUAGAGUGUCCAACUCUCACAUCCUACCCUUGUGGCUGGAGGGACUACGCACGGCCUACCUCACCAAGGAGAUCCUCUCCUUAGACUCUGUCGACGGUGACUACACACCCCAGACUCCUAGAGUGUCCAACUCUCACAUCCUACCCUUGUGUGCCUCCCCGAGGUGGCUGGAGGGACUACGCACGGCCUACCUCACCAAGGAGAUCCUCUCCUUAGACUCUGUCGAUGGUGACUGCACGCCCCAGACUCCUAGAGUGUCCAACUCUCACAUCCUACCCUUGUGUGCCUCCCCGAGGUGGCUGGAGGGACUACGCACGGCCUACCUCACCAAGGAGAUCCUCUCCUUAGACUCUGUCGAUGGUGACUGCACACCCCAGACUCCUAGAGUGUCCAACUCUCACAUCCUACCCUUGUACUCCACUAACAUCUCUUGUGUACAGGUGUGCAUCCCCGAGGUGGCUGGAGGGACUACGCACGGCCUACCUCACCAAGGAGAUCCUCUCCUUAGACUCGGUCGACGGUGUGCCUCCCCGAGGUGGCUGGAGGGGCUACGCACGGCCUACCUCACCAAGGAGAUCCUCUCCUUAGACUCUGUCGACGGUGACUGCACGCCCCAGACUCCUAGAGUGUCCAACUCUCACAUCCUACCCUUGUACUUUACUAACAUCUCUUGUGUACAGGUGUGCAUCCCCGAGGUGGCUGGAGGGACUACGCACGGCCUACCUCGCCAAGGAGAUCCUCUCCUUAGACUCUGUCGACGGUGUGCAUCCCCGAGGUGGCUGGAGGGACUACGCACGGCCUACCUCACCAAGGAGAUCCUCUCCUUAGACUCUGUCGACGGUGACUGCACACCCCAGACUCCUAGAGUGUCCAACUUUCACAUCCUACCCUUGUACUCCACUAACAUCUCUUAUGUACAGGUGUGCAUCCCCGAGGUGGCUGGAGGGACUACGCACGGCCUACCUCACCAAGGAGAUCCUCUCCUUAGACUCUGUCGACGGUGUGCCUCCCCGAGGUGGCUGGAGGGACUACGCACGGCCUACCUCACCAAGGAGAUCCUCUCCUUAGACUCUGUCGACGGUGACUGCACACCCCAGACUCCUAGAGUGUCCAACUCUCACAUCCUACCCUUGUACUCCACUAACAUCUCUUGUGUACAGGUGUACAUCCCCGAGGUGGCUGGAGGGACUACGCACGGCCUACCUCACCAAGGAGAUCCUCUCCUUAGACUCUGUCGACGGUGUACAUCCCCGAGGUGGCUGGAGGGACUACGCACGGCCUACCUCACCAAGGAGAUCCUCUCCUUAGACUCUGUCGAUGGUGACUGCACACCCCAGACUCCUAGAGUGUCCAACUCUCACAUCCUACCCUUGUACUUUACUAACAUCUCUUGUGUACAGGUGUGCCUCCCCGAGGUGGCUGGAGGGACUACGCACGGCCUACCUCACCAAGGAGAUCCUCUCCUUAGACUCUGUCGACGGUGUGCAUCCCCGAGGUGGCUGGAGGGACUACGCACGGCCUACCUCACCAAGGAGAUCCUCUCCUUAGACUCUGUCGACGGUGACUGCACACCCCAGACUCCUAGAGUGUCCAACUCUAAGAUGGCUCUACCCACAUACUCACCUACACUCCGGGCCGACCGGCUCCAACUUCUGGCGCUCAUAGUGUUCGUCAUGGCCGCCCUCUUCAUGCUCUUCCACGUCCUCUGGGCGCGCAAGAAGGACAAGUACAGAUUCGAAGACGAUCGCGAGGACAUCCACUAUAUCAGAGUGGAGAAGAAACCCACCUUCAAAUAG